GAAAAAUCAAUGAUGCAGCUAGCCGGCAGUAGCGUUUUCUACUACGUCACUGGGAAAUUAUUUGAAUAUAUGACAACUUCGCUGUUUGACGAAAAUUAAAUAAUUAUGUCAAAAGUGUGUCUGCAAUAUUUCCAUGAAACUGAUUGCCUUUGAAAGCAAACAAAAGCAGCCUAAAUUUUAAAGGGGAUAUUUCUCUGAAGCCCUAUUACGUCACAGUAACAAUUUCCCUAUAAAUACUGCAGCGAAGGUAACGUUCCUCACAUUUUGAUUUGAACGAUCAAAAUUAUCUACCUGUUCACAAGUAGCAGAAUUAGAAAGAAUGAAGAUAGUAAUUGGUAUGCCAUGCUUUAUUAUUUUAAAGGUGCUUCGUCAUCGGGAUUACUUCGGCACAUGUUGAUGGAUUUAUCCGCUGUGAAAGUUACCAGGAAAACCUUCUUGGAAGGGAUUUAUUUCUUUGGUUGCAAGAAUUAAUCAUAUGAUUUUUAUAAUUUUAGGUAUGCUUAUUGCGGUGUUGGUUCGCACAACAAUUAGUCAACGUUGUGGUGAGGCAGUGAUUGUCAAUAAACUAGCUGUGAUAACUCAAACAACAAUUGCUGAUAUAAAUCGAUUCCAAAUGACAUUUGUAAGUCUUUUAAAAUGUUUUCACUUGUUUGGAUUGUCUCGGAAUUUGAAAUACAUGCUUUGUUUUCUUAUCGAUUUAGGCUAACCUUCUCAAUUCGAAAAAACAAAAAAAUUGCAAUAUUCGUCUGUGCAAUUACUACAGUAAAGCACGACUAUGGGCAGGAAAGUUUAAUCCUUUUCGAAAGAGUGUAAGUACUUUCAAAUUAAAAACAUUUCAUUGAUAAUAGGAAAAUAUUUUUUUUAAAAUUAAAAGUAUCAAUGUUUUUGUAUCUAGAUGGUAGAGGUGUUAUCCCUCAGCGUCUAUGCGUUCAAACAGUACUUAAUCACUCUUGAGCAGAUUAUCAACAAAGAUAAGAGCAUUAAAGGACGAAAGAAUGUUCUGUCUCUGAUCAAAGCAAUACGCAAUCGAGUUGCUGGUGACAUCAAGGAAUACUCUGCCACAAUACAGAAAUUGGAAACUGCACCAUGUGAUCAUCCAAAGUCAAAUCUUAAAUUGACCUCUGUCUUAGUACCAACCUAUCCUGAUCCUAAACCACCAAGUUGUAUUUGCAAGUCAAUCAGCAAAGAUCAUCAGCUGUAUAAUAUCGUCAGCGACCUUUCAUACCUGUAUUUGACGUACUAUACGUACUACAGAUGCUUGUUUUCGCGGAUAACACGGCCCGAUAGCAAGAACUUUCUCUGUCCGUUUUCGGAUAAGGUCAAUCGAUUCAUUAAGAAUUAAAGUAAAGAUUUGUUGUCACAAAAAGUUGUUUAUAUAAAUAUUUUUAUUUAUUAUUUUAUUUUAUAUUUAUUAUGCACCAGUUUAUCAAAAAAAUUCUGCGGAAUGAAAAAAAAAACACUUGUCUGUUUAAUGUAAAGGUUGUGAAAAUAACAAUUUUAAAUUGUGCAGAUUCAGAAGAAAAUCGUU